GAUAUAGAAUCGGUCCGCCGACCGGCAAGAGAGGAGUACUUAUCAAGAACGACAAUUACCUACACAGUCUAAAAGGUAAAUAUGGGUGACGUUGAAAAGGGCAAGAAGGUGUUCGUCCAGAAGUGCGCCCAGUGCCACACCGUUGAAAAUGGAGGCAAGCAUAAAGUGGGGCCAAAUCUCUGGGGUCUUUUCGGUCGCAAGACUGGUCAGGCUGAGGGAUUUUCCUAUACAGAUGCUAACAAGAGCAAAGGCAUUGUCUGGGGUGAAGAUACCUUGAUGGAAUAUUUGGAGAACCCAAAGAAAUACAUUCCAGGCACAAAGAUGAUCUUUGCCGGGAUCAAGAAGAAGGGCGAGAGAGCAGAUCUUAUUGCAUACUUAAAGUCGGCCACAUCAUAAUUCAGCUGGAGAUCGAGGAAACGGCAAUAUUUAAAUUAAAUGUUUGUAGUUUGGAUUUGAAUGUCUUUAACUAACUAUUAUUCAUAUGGUGUAACUGAACACGUGGCCAGGGUUAUUCAUUAUAACAUGUGGCAUGCUUCUAAAGCCGGUCCAUUUUAACAGUGAAGAUUUUCUUCUUUUUUGUUCGUCCAUGUAUGGUUAAAGGAAGAGUAAAGUUACUGCAGGUCCCUAGUGUUUCCGCUGAGGGAAUGAAAACUGUCCCCUGGUUUCACAGGAGCUGUCGUACGUUAAAUUAUUAAGAUGUGCUGAACCUAGUAAGUAUUUGGAUUGGAAUGAGCGACUGGGAAAUCAGUUUGCUUAUUGGUAACAUUGUAUCAAAUGGAUUUGAACUGUCAAAUAAAACGGUCAAAA